AUGACCGGGUCGUUUCGAGAAGCGACGUGGCUUCUAGAAAGUGGGCGAUCCAUUGGUGCUAGUGUUUGUAUGGAGCAUACGAAUGGCAAGAUCAAGUGUGCCACGCGGCCGCACGGUCCGACUAAGUGCGAAGAUUUACGGCCAGGUGGUAAAAAGAGGAGAGAGAAAAUGGACAGGGUUUGA